GCGCAUGCGCGCUCUGGAAGGCACCGCCCAGAACCAGCCGCCGCUGUCGAAACCCCGCAAAGUGGGGCGCAGGCCACCAGGACCACUUCCGGAUUUCAGGUACGACGUUUGCUCCGGCUGGCUCCUGGGAGGACUUGGGGCUGUAGAUCCUGAGGAUUUUUCAGUGUUGCCUCCUUCACAAGGCCAUCGUCUCCUCCUGUGCCCCGGGUUUCCUCCCCAAAGACCCUUUUGCACACCUUGCCAAUGGACCUUGUUGGUUUUGGUUAUGCAGCCUUUGUGACAUUUGGAAGUAUUGUGGGAUAUAAGCGGAGAGGUGGUAUUCCGUCUUUGAUUGCUGGUCUCUUUGUUGGAUUUUUGGCUGGCUAUGGAGCAUACCGUGUCUCCAAUGACAAGCGAGAUGUGAAAGUGUCUCUGUUUGCAGCUUUCUUUCUGGCCACCAUAAUGGGUGUGCGGUUUAAGAGAUCCAAGAAAAUUAUCCCAGCUGGGCUGGUGGCAGGCUUAAGCCUCAUGAUGAUUCUAAGACUUGUCCUACUGCUGCUCUGAGAAUCCGGAGGAACUGAAAGCUGAAUUGAUGUCAUUCUACACUAACCGGCAGAGCACACUCUUGGAAUUCAGAAGAUAAAUUUCAGUAUGGAAUGUUAAGGUUGUUAUUUAAUACUAGAAACAAAAGAAAUACUGUCACCUCUAAUAUGAACACUAGUCUGAGGUGUUGUUGUUUUGUUUUUGAACAAAACUUUGUUUUCUAAUUGUCAGGUACUGUUUUCAUUAAGGGUAUUUAAUAGCCUGGCCAGAGUGACUCAGUUGUUUGAGCAUCUUCCCAUGUACCAAAAGGUUGUGGAUUCAAGUCCCAGUCAGGGUACCUACCUGGGUUUCGGGUUUGAUCCCUGGUCAGAGAGCAUAUGGAAGGCAACUGAUCGAUGUUUCUCUUUCAUAUCUAUAUUUCGCUCUCUCUCUCUCUCUCUCACUUCCUCUCUCAGCAUGUCCUCGGGUGAAGAUUAAAAAAACAUAUUUAAUAAAUUGUAAUAUACUUUUUCAUUUGCUGUGUCUAGUUUUAUAUAUGUGGUAUUUCGUGACAAUUCUAAAUACUCAUCUGAAGUGAAUUUAAAUGAAACUGCAGCGUAUCAGAUAAUGGAAUGCCCUAAGUGGACCUCAGAGAAUGCUGAUGUAUCUAUGUCAUUUGAAUUAUAUUAAAAAUUAUAUGUUUUUCAUUUUAAUUGUAUUGCUGCCAGCAUUAUUUUUGUUCCUUAAAAGAAUACAUCAUCAGCACACUCUGUGCUAAAAGAAUGUAUUUAGUGUUCAAAUAAAAGAUGGUCUGUUUUAAACCUGC